AGCCGCCAAAUUUGGGUUGAGAGGCUCCACGGCCCUAUCACGUCGAGCGUAUCGGUAAGCCAGCUUCGCAAAUGCCCGUCUGACGACCCUUUACCAGUAAUGGUUGCCUGGGACGCUCCUUGCCGUAUAAGCUGGAGCCGGCAUAUGGGAAGAUGUGCGGAAUUCGUCCCGACCUAGAGUCCCUGGCCUAUCCCCCUUUAACCGUUAUAUUGUUAGGAUCAAAGGGCGGGUAGGAAUAGAUAGACAGGUUAGGUAAGAUGACAUUGAAGAUCUCUCAUAUGUGUAUUUUUAUCUCUUAAGGUUUUCUCUUUCUAGAUUUCGUGUUCAAAAUCACAUUACACAUAUUAGCACUUACAUAGCUACCUGUUUACUCUCUCCCCAACAGGUAUCUAUACUUUUAACUAUCUACCAUCCUAAGCAAGCCCUCUAGAGUAUAAGCCAGUCAACCAAAUCAUAUAAAUAUGGCGCCUUCCGCGAUCUCGGAAUCUCCCCCUAGGUACUCCCCGCACGCAGACGAGUACGCCGUUCAGGCUGGCGUGCCCAACUUCCAGGGCUACGAUCACAUCACCUGGUGGGUAGGAAACGCAAAGCAGGCCGCGUCGUACUACACAACGCUCUUCGGCUUCAACACGGUUGCAUACCGGGGUCUAGAGACUGGUAGUCGGUACUUCACAUCGCACGUCGUGGCCUGCGGGGACAUCCGCUUCGUAUUCACAUCUCCGAUCCGCUCGUAUACUUAUUUACCUAAAGAUGAACCCAUCACCGAGGACGAGCGUAAGCAGCUCAAGGAGAUGCACGACCACCUCGAGAGACACGGCGAUGCCGUUCGGGACGUCGCUUUUGAAGUGGAUAGUGUGGAGGGCGUAUAUAACCACGCCGUAGAACAAGGCGCCAUCUCCGUCCAGCCCCCCACGCUCCACCGCGACAAGCAGAACGGUGACGUACUAACGGCUGUAAUUCGGACAUACGGCGAUACAACACACACUCUCAUCUCGCGGCGGAAUUACACAGGCCCUUUCCUUCCUGGUUUCCAAGCGCGCUCAUCCCCGCCCUCUAGUAUAGUCCUCCCGCGCGUCGACCUUGCCCGCAUCGACCACUGCGUCGGCAACCAGUCGUGGGACGAUAUGGUGGCCGCCUGCGAGUUCUACGAGCGGUGUCUGUCGUUCCACCGCUUCUGGUCCGUCGACGACAGCCAGAUAUGCACCGAGUUUAGCGCGUUGCGUAGCAUCGUCAUGAGCAGCGCCAACGAGGUCGUAAAAAUGCCCAUCAACGAGCCCGCGCCCGGCAAGAAGAAGUCCCAGAUCGAGGAGUUCGUAGUGUUCAACUCCGGGCCCGGCGUCCAGCACAUCGCGCUACUGACCCACGACAUCGUGGCCGCGGUCACGGCCAUGCGCGCUAGGGGGGUCGAGUUCAUUGCCGUCCCGGAUACGUACUACGAGACUAUGAAGGAACGCAUGCGUGCGGAGAAGAGGAGCUGGGAGCUGGAGGAGGACUUCGAAACGCUGCAGAAGCUGAGCAUCCUGAUCGAUUACGACGAGGGCGGGUACUUGCUACAGCUAUUCACCAAGCCGCUUAUAGACCGGCCGACGGUGUUUGUAGAGAUCAUCCAGCGCCACGAUUUCGGCGGGUUUGGCGCCGGGAAUUUCAAGAGCCUGUUCGAGGCUAUUGAGCGAGAACAGGCGCAAAGGGGGAACUUGUAGGUAGGUUAGAAGAUACGGGAGGAGGAAGAAUAAGAAGAAGAAGAAGAAGAUGAUGAUGAUCCUCUACCAUGCUUGUCAGACAGCAAGUGAGGACGAAGAGGGCGCAUGUAUGAUAUACCUAACCUAAUACUUAACGAGACCAUGGCAUAACAACAGCGAGAUUGAUUCAUUGACUAAUUGUAUGUCGCAUCAUCGAU